GUGCUUCAAUUGAGCUUUCCUAAAGCGCUUUUUGCCACAUGGAAUGCGAAGGUAACUGAGAGUUGUCAUCGUCAUUGCGGGGAGUCAUUGCUCUCCAUCAGUGACUAAUCUGUCUACGAUUGCUGCGCACGCUGGUCCUCUGUUGGUUGGGAGGCGCCGUGAAAAGGGGCUGAAUCAAUGUCUACGCAAAGGGCUUCUAGUUGCAAUUUGCCCUUCCACAACCCUCAGCAUUUGAUUCCUGGGGCGCAUAGCCGGCCUCAUUUUUCAAAAGGCAGGACCUGUCGUUUGCGUGCGAAAGCUCUGAUUAGCGCCGGGAUACAUUUGCCAACAAGGUUGCCUUCCGUCUCCGGCACAGUUGAAAGCAGCAUUAAAAAACAAACAUGGGUACAAUCCAGCUGGCCCACACUAUUAACUGGGGCAAUGAAAUCAUCUAGGAAGGCUGCAGAUUGCAACCUUUUGGAGACCUUCCAACCUUGCUGUAGAUGCAGCGCUAGCAGGAAAGUCAAAUCACGCUUCACACCACAGCCCAUCGCCCCACUACAUCAUCGCCAGAAGUUCCCUGCUGGGGGUUCACUGCAAAACUUAAGGUCAAGGUUUAGGUUAAGGUUGCGCGUUCGGCCUGAUGAGAAAGAGCCGCCAGGCGGUGUUUCAGCCGAUACCUCCAAGCAUGGCAGUGACCGUAGCGCUCCCAAUCCUACAACCCCCCCCCCCUCAACCAGCACCAGCACUGCCCCCCUGGAAUCCGCAAGCUCCGCCAACCGGCCAAACAAGGCUUCCGUCUCUGACCGGAACGCCUCUGGCUUUAACACCACUGCUUCUGAUUCACCAAACAGCCCACAAGUGCCCAACCUGACAGCUGGUGUGAACUGGUACUGCCUCUCGAUGAUCGGUCUCGUAACGCUUAUUGAUUUCAGUCCUCUGGGGCCCAUCCUUCGGUCCACGUCGGGCUCCGCUGUGCCGUGGAUUCUUGCGGCAGUGCAAUGGGGCUUGUUCGUGGCGCCGACCGUCAACUCAUGCCGAAGCGAGGGGUACGAUCUGCGGAGGACAUUUGGCAUCCAGACGUGUUCUCUCCUAGACGUCUUGGCAAGCGCUGCCGUCGGCGCCUCCCUGUGGGCCGUUCUUACUGCAGCCAUCGCAGCCCGGGUUGCAGCGGACGGGGGAGUCCAGCUGCCGUCGUCCGAAAGCGUUGUUAUAGCUGACCUCCUCUUUUCGCGGCCCACCUCCGUGGCAGAGUGGGCGUCACUUCUGACGUCAGCGGGCGUGUCGCCAGGAGUUGCAGAGGAGCUCCUAUUCCGGGGCUUCCUGCUGACGUCGCUUCGACAGGGCCUCGGUAGGGUGGACGCUGUGGUCUUGUGCGCCGCUCUCUUCGGCCUCUUUCACCUCAGCGUCCCCCAAUUCUUCCCCACAACAGUUCUUGGCAUAGCCGCGGGCGUCUCAGCAAUCGCCAGCGGUAGCGUUGUCGGCCCAAUCGCCGUCCACACGGCGCACAACGUUGCGGCGCUGCUAUAUGGCGGUGUUGCCCCGGGGCACGUCAGCGGCCUGCCCCUGCCCGUCGCCGCGGGGGGCGCAUUCACACUAGCACUCAGCGGGGCGUACCUCUUUGUGCGAGCCAGAACCGCUACUCGCGCUGACUGAAUCGGCGGCGACCAUUUUAAGAUCUCAGCGUGUUGGUAAAAAGUGAUCUUAGCGUGUUGGCAAGGCAGAGUACACAAUGGGUGUAACCGUGUAACGCACGCAAUUGGUGGCAGCCGUGAUAGAAGACGGUUGUGACCAUCACUGAGCGCCUGUUUGAUACGAGUGUUUGACGCCGACAACCAUGCGUUUGGACAUGUUUGAAUACCAGACUGCAAGUUGACGCCGCCGUUGAUGCAACCUUCACGUCCCAAAUUUGACAUGGAGGCCUUGCUACAAUGUUGCCAC